AUGAUGCCACAGGAGGAGUCAGCCCGGUCUGUAGACUCCUUCGCGGGCAUUGAUAGGGAGAUCGCUGCUGCGAGGAAAGCCUAUGCAGUUGAUCACUUUCACCUUCUGUCUUUACUCGACAGCUCUCUACGCCUCAGGCGAACCAAGUUCCCAGAUUCCCAUCCCGAGGUCCAGACGGUCAUGCGAGACCUUUGCCUUGCAUGCAACGAGGCUGUCCAGGCCUGGAUGCGAGAUUUGGUUAUUGUAUGUGUUGAGCAUCGUCAAGCUGAGGGGUAG